ACCGAUCGAGGAUGAACAAUUAAGAUAUACCAAAGAAAGUUUACAGGCAGAAUUCAAAAAGAUAUUUCACCUUUUGAGACAGAGGAAAACUGUUGACGUUUAUAUUGAUCGUUUUACUGGUGUAUUGAUGGACACUUUUGUUGAAGCAGUAGAGGCGUAUCAAAAGAAGCAUAAAGUCAAAUUAGAUCCAGACUCUCCAGUUUCCCCCAAAGUUAUAAAUGGUGUGUAGACAUGCAUCACAAAUUCUGCUUUGCUGAAAUGCCUAUAUGAGAUUUUGGACAUGCUACGGACUAGAGCCGGAGAACAUCAACAUAGUGGACGAGAUCUCAAAUAACACGAGAGUGUGUUCAGAUCACUUCCCCGAAGAGUCCUUCACAAAGUCGCUAUGUGGCAUCAGGAAACUGAAGGAGGGGGUUGUGCCAACUGUUUUUACGUGGUCCUCGAUCAAGCCUGGCAGGCGGAAGAUUGUUAGAACAGCAAGUAAUGUUGCCACUACCACAGGUGGAGAGGAUGCACUGGGUGAAGAAUUGGAUGAGUCAAGUCACUCAGUGGGACAAGACCCCCAAGAGGACAUUGCCUGCACAUCAAGCGAAGUACAGACAAGCGUGCCAUACGCAGAUCAUGACUAUACUCAGCGGCCCUUGUCCUUGGAGGAGCAGCUUCAAGAAGCCUGCAAGACCGUCGCUCGCCAGGAAGAAGAAAUAUCGACACUUCGUAGCAACCAGUUCCUCCUCAAACGCUUUCAGUGUGACGACAAACAAAUCCAGUUCUACACAGGAUUCAGAGACUAUAGUACACUCAAAGCUGCGUUUACAGCUUUACAACCUACAGCUGAGCACAUGGUGAGAUGGAGUCAAGCACAGAAGGCAAAGCAAGCCAGUGAGCACAUUAGACAGGGAUUUAAUGUGCAAAGCCUAGCUUUAAUUGACCAAUUCUUUCUUUAUCUUUGCCGUGUGAGACUGGGCUGUCUACAACAGGACCUCGCUAAUCGCUUUAACGUAUCACAAUCAACCGUCAGCAGAAUAUGUAUCACCUGGACAAACUUCCUCUACUUCAUGUUGGGAUCGCUUCUUAUUUGGCCUUCAAGAGAGUCUGUAAAUGAUCUUAUGCCUCAAUGCUUCAAAAGUACAUUCCCAAAAACCAGAGUUAUUUUAGAUUGCACAGAGAUACAUGUACAAAAACCAAGCUCAAAAGUACUGAAUUCAGAAAUUUACUCCCAUUAUAAAGGAACUACAACCUUAAAGUCCCUAAUUGGUAUAAGUCCGUCAGGUUUAAUUACAUUUGUUAGUGACCUAUAUACAGGAUCAAUAUCGGAUAAGGAAAUUACCAGGAAGUCAGGCAUUCUCUCUUUACUCGAGGAAGGGGAUCAGGUAAUGGCAGAUAAAGGGUUCCUUAUUGGAGACCUUUUGUCUGACAUCAAUGUUAGUUUAGUUAUUCCACCCUUUCUGGGUCCAAAUGCACAGUUCAGUGAGGAGGAGGUGCGGCAGACACAGGAAAUCGCUCGCCUUAGAAUUCAUGUCGAACGGGCCAUAAGAAGAAUAAAAGAAUAUCACAUUUUUGAUAGAACAUUACACAUGACAGUUAUGGGGUCUGUCAACCAACUGUGGUCUGUCUGUGCCAGCCUUACAAAUCUUCAAGGACCGUUGUUCUGAACCUGAAGAAACAAUCAAAUUGAGGACUACCUGGACUUAUGAAAUACAUUGCAAAGAAAUUUAGAUUUAAAACUCAGUCCGAUCAUUUUCCUUAAAUGAGUAUAAAACUGUGUGGAAAAUACAUUGCCCGCCUUAGAAUUCAUGUCGCCAUUGUUCUGAACCUGAAGUAACAAUUAAAAAAAAAGUAAACUGAGGAAUACCUGGACUUAUGAAUGAUGAAAUACAUUUAUUGCAAAGAUAUUUAGAAUUAAAACUCAGGUCAUUUUCAUUAAAUGUGUAUACAAU